AUGAAGAGGGACCUGUGGGAGGAGUGGUGGGGCUACGGUUCGGGCACCUCUGGUCCAGCGUUCUGGGGACGGCACGAGAAGUUGUUCGCCCUUUGCUCCAUGGGCAGGUUCCAGUCGCCUAUCGAUAUUCGCCCCGAGACUCUGAUCUACGACCCAAACCUCACAACCAUCAAGUUCCAGGGCAAUGCGAUAAACGGCACGCUGCACAACACAGUGCAUGACCUUACGCUUGACGUGAACUACACAGACACUACUUCCGGUCAGUUCAAUUUUUCGAGCGGGCCAUUUUCCUACACGUACCGGCUGUUCAACGUGAAACUUCACCUUGGUAUCUUCAACGACGUGGGAUCAGAGCACACAAUCGCUGGAAAGCAGUUCCCUAUUGAGAUCCAGCUGAUGGGGUUCAACAGUGACCUGUAUCGGAACCAUAGCGAGGCAACCAUGUCCACCCAUGGACUUGCAAUCAUAUCUGUUCUCGGGUCUAUAGAUGAGAUGUUUAACUUAGAAUUCGACAAGGUGCUAACUGCUGUCAAAAAUAUGAGUUAUAAAGGUGAGAAGCAAUUACUCAAGAACUUCAAUAUGCUUGAUAUCAUUCCUCGGUCAGAGAUGUUCAUCACAUAUGAAGGGUCACUGACUCAGCCUAGUUGCCAGGAAACGGUUACCUGGGCGAUAGUCAACAAACCGAUGCGUAUAACCAAACAUCAGAUGGCCUCCCUUCGGGAAUUAAACCAGUGGCGAGAAGGACGGCCGAGUCUCCAGCCCAACAACUUUCGGCCGCCACUUCCGUUCAACAGGCGGCCUGUUCGCAUCAAUAUAAGUCCACACACCGAGGCGGAAGAUUGUGCAAUGAAAAUUACGAAAUCGUAUACAGGUAGUUAA